GGGGCGGCGGGGGCGGCGGGGGCGGCGCGCCGCUCUCCUGCUUCAUCUGCGGCGGCGGCAUCCGACGCGGCAAGGAGCUGAAGCUGCAGGUGAAGCAGCCGGCGGCGGCGGCGGGCGCGGGGGCCGCGGCGCAGCCCUUCUUCCCGUUCCUGCAGCAGCAGGAGCCGGCGCCCGGCGCGCGCGAGCUGUGCCCGGCCGACGGCUGCGUGCUGGUGUGCGCCGUGUGCCGCUGCUUCCUGGGCGAGCAGUGGGCCGCGUUCGAGCGCGCCCGCACGCCGGUGGACAAGCGCAUGUACUGGCUCAAGCGGCCGCACCAGUGCGACGCGGGCGCGGGCGGGCGCCGCGGGGCUGCCGGGGCCCCCCGGGAGUGGAACGUCGCCUACGCGCUGGGCGGCGCGGCGGGCGACGAGACGCGGGACUCCGAGCUGUCGGAGCUGUCGGACACCGACCCCCUCUCCGAGACCGAGCCGGCCGUGCGCGACGCCGCCAGCCCCCGCCCGGGGCCCGGGCCUCGCGGGGGCCGCUGCCAGGAGUGGAGGCCGACGCCGGGACCCCCUCCGGGACAGGGCGACGUGGAGGAGGAGGAGGAGGGGGCCCCCUCGAAGCAGCGCGGGGACGGCGAGCCCAAGACCGGCGGGAGGCGCAGGCGGAAGGCCGCCGGGAGGCACUGGGCGCCCGAGGCCCGGGCCAGCGUCCUGAGGGGCAUUCAGGAUCCUUGGCAAGGCCCUCCAGUCCAGGUGGCCCCCGCGGACGGCAUGAAGGGAGUCCCUUCGGGCAGGGCCGCUAAGACCCCCGAGAGCAGGCCGCGGGGGGAGACCCGCGGGAGCUAUUGCAUGUCCGAGGACAGUGACAUCAACAUCACCAGCGAGGAAGAGGACCGCAAGGAGCAGCCUCCGCCUGGCCUGCCAGAGAAGGAGAGCGCAGGCCGUGUCCCCUGGGCUUCCCUGGAGAGCAGGGCUGCGCCACCAGAGGGCCUUUGCUGCUACAUUUGUGGGUCGGCACUGGCGCCGGCCUCGCAGCACCAGAUCCACGUGCAGAAGCAGGAAAAGCUGGCCCAGGCGCCAUUCUUCCCUUUCUUGUGGCUGCACAGCCCCCCUCCAGGGGCACAGCCCAUCAGCGAGGGGGGCAGCACCCUGGUGUGCCCCUGCUGCUUCUCCUCGCUCAUGCAGCAGUGGCAGAGCUUUGAGCUGGCCAGCGUGCCUGUCCUGCAGCGGCUCUACGUGGUGCCCCUGAACAGCCAUGCCCCCGGCAUGGCCUCCAAGGGCAGGAGGCUCCCCAGGGAAGAUGGCCCGCCAGCUGGGACCCUGCCGGAGGCCUGCUACCUCUGCGGGGAAGACUGUACCCAGGAUGCCCGGGCAGUGGCCUCCCGGCUCCUCAAUGGCAGUGCCAGGGGCUCCAUGCAUUUCCCCUUCCUCAGCCUCCUGCCCUGUCCGCCCAAUGCCCGGGGCCCCAACAAGCGCUGCGAGGUCCGAAGCUGCCCCAAGUGCUUCAGUGUCCUGGAGGACGUCUGGGCCCUGUACCGGGCCUGCCAGAACGAGGAGCUUAUCACUUCUGUGCAGGGUUUCCUGGGCAGGUACCACCAGGCUUUCUCAGCCUCAGACCCUGCUGUCUCCGAACCACCUGCCCCGGCCCGCGGCAGCCCCGCGUCCGUCUGCUACACCUGCGGGGCCGAGCUGGGCCCUGGGAGGGAGUUCCAGCUCAACGUGAACCCCUCCGGCCGCCUGGGCGAGAAGGAGCCGUUCUUUCCGUGCCUCGCUGUUUACCCGCCUGCCCCGCGCGCCCGGCCUGCUGACUCCACAGGCCUGGUGGCCACCUGCGUCCUCUGCUACCACGACCUCCUGGGCCAGUGGCUGCAGCACGAGGCCCGCAGCGCCCACCACACCGUCAGCCCCUGGUCACGGCAGUACCAAGUGGACACGUUCGUGUGCUUCUUUUGCCAGCAGGAGAAAAAGCGGUGUCUCGGGCUCAAGGCUGUGCGGGUGGCCCGGCUGCCCUUGUUUCUCUACACCCUCCGAGCCAGCCACAGCUUGCUGGUGGACGACGGGCGGCAGUUGAUCAUUGGCGCCUGCGUGGAGUGCGGGACCCUGGUGUGUGCAGGCCCGGGGCUCACCCGCCAGGGGCCUGCAGGUUGGAGCUCCCCAGUGACAGCAGUGAUGAAGGUCACGUCUGCAUCUCUUGAGGCAUCGACAGCCAUCCACGUCCCCGCCAGGGAGCCUGAGCCCCGGCCAGGCGCCCCAGCAGAAAGCACGCCCAGAGGCCCCCGGACGGCCCAGGAGCCGGGACCCACCCGGUGUCCGCAGAGCAGCGUGGCCGGGACCGGAGCAGACCUGCCUGGCACAGGCAUGAGCCAUGAGCCCAAGUCCCCUUCACUAGGGAUGCUUUCCACCGCGACCAGGACCACCGCCACCGUCAGCCCCCUCACCCCCUCGCCGCUCAAUGGCGCCCUGGUGCCCAGCGGCAGCCCCGCCAGCAGCAGCACGCUGUCGGCCCAGGCCGCGCCGUCCUCCAGCUUUGCCGCCGCGCUGCGCAAGCUCGCCAAACAGGCGGAGGAGCCCAGAGGGUCUUCACUGAGCAGCGAGUCGUCCCCCGUGUCCUCGCCGGCCACCAACCACAGCUCCCCGGCCAGCACGCCGAAGCGCGUGCCCAUGGGCCCCAUCAUCGUCCCCCCUGGGGGCCACAGUGUGCCCAGCACGCCCCCCGUGGUGACGAUCGCCCCCACCAAGACUGUCAACGGCGUGUGGAGGAGCGAGAGCCGGCAGCAGGACACCGGCUCUCGGGGCAGCAGCAGUGGGCGGGAGCGCCUCAUCGUGGAGCCCCCGCUGCCCCAGGAGAAGGCGGGGGGCCCAGCCAUCCCCUCACACCUGCUCAGCACCCCUUACCCUUUCGGCAUCUCCCCCAGCUCUGUGGUGCAGGACUCACGCUUCCCACCGCUCAACCUGCAGCGGCCUGUGCACCACGUGGUGCCCCCGAGCACCGUGACCGAAGACUACCUGAGGAGCUUCCGUCCCUACCACACCACCGAGGACCUGCGCAUGUCCUCGCUGCCUCCGCUCGGCCUGGACCCCGCCGCCGCCGCCGCCGCUUACUACCACCCCAGCUACCUGGCCCCGCACCCAUUCCCCCACCCGGCCUUCAGGAUGGAUGACUCGUACUGCUUGUCAGCCCUGCGGUCCCCCUUCUACCCCAUCCCCACCCCCGGCUCCCUGCCCCCCCUGCACCCGUCGGCCAUGCACCUCCACCUCUCCGGGGUCCGCUACCCCCCUGAGCUCUCCCACUCGUCCUUGGCUGCGCUGCACUCGGAGCGGAUGUCCAGCCUCAGCGCCGAGAGGCUCCAGCUGGACGAGGAGCUGAGGCGCGAGCGGGAGCGGGAAGCGGAUCGCGAGCGGGAGAAGGAGCGCGAGCGGGAGCGGGAGAAGGAGCGGGAACGGGAGAAGGAACUGGAGCGUGAGCGGGAGAAGGAGCGCGAGCGGGAGCUGGAGCGCCAGCGGGAGCAGCGGGCCCGCGAGAAGGAGCUGCUGGCCGCCAAGGCGCUGGAGCCGGCCUUCCUGCCCGUGGCCGAGCUGCACGGGCUGCGGGGCCACGCCGGCGAGGAGCGCGGCAAGCCCUCGGAGCAGCUGACCCCGACGCGCCCAGAGAAGCUGAAGGAGGCCGGCCUGCAGGCCCCGAAGCCCGUGCAGCACCCCCUGCACCCCGCGCCCGCCGCGCAUCACGCCGUGCCCGGCCUCCUGUCCAACCACAGCAUCUUCUCGCUGCCGGGCAGCAGCGCCGCCACGGCCCUGCUCAUCCAGCGCACCAACGAGGAGGAGAAGUGGCUGGCGCGGCAGCGGCGGCUGCGGCAGGAGAAAGAGGACCGGCAGUCGCAGGUGUCGGAGUUCCGGCAGCAGGUGCUGGAGCAGCACCUGGACAUGGGCCGGCCCCCGGUGCCCACGGAGGCGGAGCACAGGCCGGACAGUGCCAGGCCGGGACCAAACCGCCCAGAGCCGGGCAGCCGAGACCCCCCGCAGCACUUUGGCGGGCCCCCGCCGCUCAUCUCGCCCAAGCCCCAGCACCACUCUGUGCCCGCGGGCCUCUGGAACCCGGUGUCGCUGAUGGACAGCAGCCUGGAGCCGCGGCGGGCCCCGGAGAGCCACCCUCUGCACGGCCACCCCGCCCCGUUUGAGCCCAGCCGCCAGGCCGCUGUCCCGCUGGUGAAGGUGGAGCGCGUCUACUGCCAGGAGAAGGCGGAGGAGGGGCCCCGGAAGCGCGAGGCCACCCCCCUGGACAAGUACCAGCCACCCCCGAGGGAGGCAGGGGGCCUGGAGCACCAGGCCUUUCCUCACGGGCCCGGGCCCUUCCUGGCCGAGCUCGAGAAGUCCACCCAGACCCUCCUGGGCCAGCAGCGGGCCGCCCUCCCUCAGCCCGCCCCCUUCGCCGAGCUGGCCGGGCCGCUGAAGCCGGGCUCGCCCUACCGGCCGCCCGCGCCACGGGGCCCCGACCCGGCCUACAUCUACGACGAGCUCCUGCAGCAGCGGCGGCGGCUGGUCAGCAAGCUGGACCUGGAGGAGCGCCGGCGGCGAGAGGCCCAGGAGAAAGGGUACUACUACGACCUAGAUGACUCCUAUGACGAGAGCGACGAGGAGGAGGUCAGGGCCCACCUCCGCUGUGUGGCUGAGCAGCCACCGCUCAAGCUGGACACAUCCUCCGAGAAGCUAGAGUUUUUGCAACUUUUUGGCUUGACCACCCAACAGCAGAAGGAGGAACUGCUGACCCAGAAGCGGAGGAAGCGGCGGCGGAUGUUGAGGGAGAGAAGCCCGUCGCCCCCGAUGAUGCAGAACAAGCGGCAGACGCCCUCCCCGAGGCUGGCGCUGUCCACCCGCUACAGCCCCGACGAGAUGAACAACAGCCCCAACUUCGAAGAGAAGAAGCAGUUCCUGACUAUCUUCAACCUGACCCACAUCAGCGCCGAGAAGAGGAAAGACAAAGAGAAACUUGUUGAAAUGCUCCAUGCCAUGAAGCAGAAGGCACUGUCCGCAGCAGUGGCAGACCCACUCAGGAGCUCUCCGAGGGACAGUCCUGCUGUCUCCCUGAGCGAACCAGCCACGCAGCAAGCCUCUCUCGAGACGGAGAAGCCUGUGGGUGUCGCUGCUUCCUUGUCUGACGUCGCCAAGGCCACGGAGCCCGGGAGACUGGAGCAGCUCCGGCCCCAGGAGCUGUCGCGGGUCCAGGAGCCAGUGGUGCCCAGCGGCGAGAAGGCCAGGCUGAGCGAGGCCUCCGGGGGCAAGAAGAGCCUGAGCCUGCUUCAUCACAUCCGCGGCCCCGCGCCCAAGGACGUCCCCGUGCCGCUGUCCCACAGCAUCAACGGGAAGAGCAAGCCGUGGGAGCCCUUCAUGGCGGAGGAGUUCGCGCACCAGUUCCACGAGUCUGUGCUGCAGUCCACCCAGAAGGCCCUGCAGAAGCAUAAAGGGAGCGCGGCCGUGCUGUCUGCCGAGCAGAGCCACAAAGUCGACGCGUCCGUCCACUACAACAUUCCGGAGCUGCAGUCCUCCAGCCGGCUCGCUCCGCCCCAGCACAACGGGCAGGAGGCCCCCCCCGGGAGGAAGGGCCCCCUCCCGCAGGAGAUGGACCAGGACUCGGGGGAGGACGAAGACGGAGAGGAGGAGGAGGACGAACCCCCCAGGCGCAAGUGGCAAGGGAUCGAGGCAAUCUUCGAGGCUUACCAGGAACACAUAGAAGAGCAAAACCUGGAGCGGCAGGUGCUGCAGACGCAGUGCCGCCGGCUGGAGGCCCAGCACUACAGCCUCAGCCUCACGGCCGAGCAGCUCUCCCACAGCAUGGCGGAGCUGAGGAGCCAGAAGCAGAAGGUCGUGUCGGAGAGGGAGCGGCUCCAGGCCGAACUGGACCACUUGAGGAAGUGCCUUGCGUUGCCUGCCAUGCACUGGCCUAGAGGCUACUUCAAGGGAUAUCCUAGGUGACGGUUUCCCUUGCACUAGGCCGAACCUAUAGUAUAGAAAUAUUAUCUAUUUUAUUACCUUGAAUAUUUAAUAUUUUUCACUGGGAGGUUUGAAGCUUAAAAAAAAAAAAAAAAAAAAAACCCACGAGAAUGUGCCAUGCAUGAAGCAAAGGGUUCCAGGCUCCAGAAGAACGGACUCGCCUUGACUUCGAUGCAGCUGAGUCACCUUUGUCCGCCAGCGAGCCACCAACUAGGACGCCCCUAGUUCUUUCUCCUGAAGGUGGUUUCACCCUUCCCCCGGCAUUCUUUCUGGAUCUGAAAGCGAAGGCUCCCGUACCAACACUAAGCUCCAGCGCCAGCGGCCCCGGGCGCCCGACUGGGUCAGACGGAGCGCGUCCGUCCCUGGUGUGGCCGGCCCGCGUGCCCCGAGACCCCGCUCGGCCUCACUCCUCCCCAGGACCGGGACCCGCUUCAGCGGGAAGAAGGUGGGCCGCGUCGCCGGUAAAGGGCUUAUCUGUGUUACUUUUCUGCAAAAUUUCCGAAGCAGCGGGUCCUGGGAGCGCACAGAGCAGCAGUCCCGAAGCCUCACGCACAGGCUUCUCCCCAGAACAGCUCGUCUCCAGCGCACGUCGGCGAACGGGGACGCGCAGAGCCCCGUGCACACACGCUCGCGCCCGCUGGCCGCUCCUGCACGGGGCUGUGUUUUCAUACAGACGUAAAUUUUGAGAGAAAAGUCAAAGGUGCUUCAGCCUUGUACUGUGUAUAUAUAUUAAAAAACAAAGUUUUGUAUGUUUUUAUUACUUUAUUGUUAUAAAAAGCCUGCCAUUUUUAAUAUGUGGUCUGGGGGGAUUUUUGUUUGUUUUCCUGUUUGGGGGUUUUGUUUUUUUGCUUUCAUUUUUCUGGGCAAAAAAACUUGCUUUUAGUGUUUGUACUGCUGCUGGUCAGGACAUUAAAAUAUUGAAGUGUUUUUAAAAAUUAAAGAAGAAGAAAAGUAAAAGAGCUUACCACUGGCGCCUACCGCUCACUUCAUUUUGAGUCGCACGGGAAGGUGAGGUAGAAAGCCACGUGCUGCUCCUGCUCCUGUCCCCGCCUGGCUCCGGGCCGCAAGAAGCACCUGGUGCUGCUGAGGAGGGGCUUGGCCCCAGGCGGGGGCACGCAGGGCCCUGCGUGUGCAUGCGGCUCCGUUGAAAGGCCCGGUCAGGGAGGGAGCCUACAGCUCCCUGUAGGGUGUCCUACAGCAGUCUGAGAACAGGUGCAAAGUAGAAACUUUAGAAGCUUUAUCUAGAUGCAAAGCUUUGUAAAAGCCUAAAAGUAGGGUAAGCCACGUCUGAGCUGAACUUCUCCUCUUGAGCUGUCAGGAGCACAGGAGCAGCCAGGAAGCGGCACCGCCAUCUCCGUGCAGAGCAGCGUGUCCCCCGCAACCCCACCACGGCUCACUCAGGCAGCGUCUAGUCUCCGACAGGGAAUCCAGCCCAAGCCAGAGGCCAGCGCAGCCAGCGGUUGGUCUGUCGGGGGGUGGGGGCGGUGGCAAGAAUCCUCAUGGCCCCUGUCCCCUUCACCCUGGGUCAGGGGACAGGCUGGCCGACCUUCAGGAAGGCUCCGUGCCGUGAUCAGCGGCCGCGCCCCCAGCCCCAGACCUCAGCUGUGCGGAACAGCUUGCUGGCAGAUGGCACUGUGUUGCUCUAUCUGUCCCCACACCGUUUGUGCUUUGUGCGUCUGCCAAGAAUCUUCCAGUUAUUAGCAAACUCAGACAAGAAGUGCCGCCAGUAUUAUCAGCAGUCAACAAGCGCCUUCCUCACCACAAAAACGACUUGAAGAGAACGAAGGUCUGUUCCGGGGGCCUCCUCCCCGGCAAGGACAGGGAGCGCAGCAGUGGCACAGGUGGGGACAGGCGUGUGCAGGGAGCGCUGCUGCCAGCAGGCAGGGGAAGCAAGUACGGAGUCUCGAGUCGGCGCGCUACUGCCAGUCCGCCGCUGGCGAGUCCGAUCUCAGCAGAAAGGCCCGCUCAUCAGCGGGGCAACAGCCAGAGCGAACAGGGAGCCCAGCCCAGCCCAGCCCAGCCCUUCACCAGCCGGGGGGCGCGGUGGUUCUCCACACUGGGCAAGGUCCCGGGGUAAAGGGAGGCAGCACCCAAGAGGCCCGGGUGCGCAGGCACACACUGUGUCCCUGAGCCGGCACUGCCCCUGUCCCUUCCGAGGGAAACCGCCACCUUGCCCCUGCCCUCCUCCUGUCCUCCUGCCUCCCGCUCUUGAUCUGUAAUAAGACAAUCAGAAUAUAACCCGUCAGGUAGCGUGAAGACUCAGAAUCAUCUUUAGAAAACAGUGUCCCACAAGACCUGGCGCCCAGCCACAGUGUCCGCGUGGUCGUUCUCCGACGACGCGGACCGCACAGCGGCACCCGAGCCUCUGUGGUUCAGGUGUGCAAUCUGACACGCACACGAUCUCUGGAGCUUUCUGUGAGGCCGGGUCACAUGGGGCUUAGGAGCAGCACAGCACACUCGCUCCAGAGUGGCUGUGCCGCCCGUCCCUGUUCCGUGAGCUCCCGCCUCGCGGCCCCUGCCGUCUGUUGGGAAGGGCACCCCGCGAAGUCCCAGUGUGGGGCUCCACGUGCAGUCAGGUCACUAGAAGCAGACCAGAGCCCCCCCCCACUCGGCGCUACAGAACCUCCCUUGGAAAUGUUCUGUUUCGCAUAAUUAGAGCCAAAUGGACCUAAGACAGGGUCCCGGUCCACUGUCCCAGACAAGUGGCGAGAUGGGACCUGCCCGGUCUCGCCUGCAGAAAGCACAGGCUCAGCACCUACGUGGCGUUGAGCGUCCAACAGCGAACGCCCCUGAGGAAGUUCUAGGAAUAGGAAACGGCGCGCACAUGGGCGGCGGCCGAGAACUACGACACAAAUCUCAAGUUCGUAUGAGGAACGGUAUUUGCCUCAAGUAGCUCAGUCACGCUGCCAAAUCUCAAAAACCCUACAUACACCCCCAGAUCCUCCGAGCUGUUUUUAAGUAGGAAAUUCCAAGGAUCUCCCACAAGAGGGAGGGGUCAGCACAAGCCCAUCCUGUCCCCGUAGGUGCGCCUUAGCCGCUUAGCAGCCAUCCCCUCUCUCCCCGAGGAAGCCAGCUCUGGCUUCCUCCCCGCCCGCCGUGGUCUGUCUGUCUGUCCCAGCUGUCUGAUCCAGCGAGACUCUGAUCUCCGCCUUGACCCGAGGAAGACCGCGCUAACUGGUUGUCACUUGGCGUGUGCCCUGUGCUUCAGGGACAGCAGCAGAACCAGCACACGGGAGGGAGAGGAAAGCCUCGGUCACCCUGGGGGCGGUUUAGAUGCUGUGAAAUUAAACCUGUUCUAAGUGUACUUGUUUGAAUUAACUGUAUUGUAAUAUUAUUUGUUGAAUGUAGUAAUUAGAUAUUUAUGAAUAUAUUCCUGUAAUUUCUGACAACAUCCAAAAAAAUAAAAUCUUCCUACAUCA